UAGAACGCGUACUUCAACACCCGUAUGUUUGCGCUAUGGCCGUUAGACUUUGUGCCCGUGUUGUUACCAAGCCUUGCAUUCAUCAACAUCAUAAAUCAAAGUUAACUGGUACAAAUAUUAAAUAGCAGAGAUCUCCUGUAUCUGGCAUUGCGCCAUCUCCUGGCGCAGAACGAGAACAAUAGCAAGGUAAAAAGUGGCCGGCAACCUUACACGCAUCAAUGCUGACGGUAAACAGUGUAAGGAAAUCUAUACUCCUUAUAAGACUAGAGUAGCUCACUGCCACAAAUCUAUGCACUGCAGUAUUGUAUGUAACAUGUCGUUUUUUAACGAUUUAGGCGUGGACCUAGUCAUAAGUGACAAGAGACAUGUAGCUUUUAAAAACUCCUCUGUUUGUUUGAACAAAACGAGCGUGGCGUGCAUUUUCUCCCAGACGUAAUGGCGGAUGCCGAACACGGAGACGUCAGUGUGGGGAUCGGCAGCACCACGAACGUCAAGCACGAAUGCUGGUGAAGUAAAGACCAACGGACAGCGACAAACAUAAUGGGCACUGGGGCUUCGAGAGAUUCCAGAGAGAGGGAAUUGAAAGAAUCGGAGGAAAAGGCUCACAACCUUUCGAAGGCGCAUGGCGAAGUACAACUACUUUAUGCUGUGACGUCACGAAACGUACAGGACACCCAUCACUGGAUUAAACGCCUGAAAAAUGUCAACUUUUACGAUCCAUUUGGGAAAACACCAUUACAUCGCGCGGCCUUCCUUGGGGAUGUCGAGAUAGUGCGACUACUGCUCCAGGCUGGAGCGGACGUCAACAUGCUUGCCAGCAGUGCUGAGCCGGCAGUUCAGUUCCGAAGCGCACUGCACGAGGCGUCCGAAAGGGGCGAGAGGGACCAUCGUCAGAUCAUGCAACUUCUAGUGCGAGCUGGAGUGAACGUUGGAGGAAAAGACGGUAGAGGGAAAACUGCAUUAGACAUCAUGUCCGAGCGUGGAUACAGGGCCGCCGUCCACUGUCUCCUUGACGAGAGUCGUGCAAUACAGCGUAACCUGGAGGAGGACCUCCUCCAACUCUCUACAAACAUCAGGCUGUACCAGCCGGAGCACCAUCAAUGGCUCGUCGUCCCUCCGAAAAUCAUCAACCCUAACAACGUUAAACUAAAGCUUGACGAAGAAGAUCAGCUCAUCAGUGACAUUUUCGACUUCAGACAUAUUGCAGGCGAGCUAUCCCCUGACCAAGUGUGCAUCGUGAAGUUCCCACAUGACCAAGUCUAUCCUGAUGAGUCACGGAGGCUCGUGGCAGUGAACGUAGGAAGCAAACAUUUGACGGGACAUCCGACCUGGGAAUUCUUUUUCAAAACCGAGAAACCCAAGCCAUAUGUUGUGGCAGACUUAGCGCAGUUGUCGUGCUUCGCUGUCCUGUCCAGACCACUUACGGAUACGUUCACUGUUGGUUCUUCUGGCGGCGAACUGACGUCAACUGCCGAUCCAAGAGCAUCUGUCAAGAUACCGGAGAACGCUUCAAAUGACAUGAAAGUAGUCCUCGAGAUCCUUCCAGUAGACGAGUCAACCACAAAACGAGCACAAAAGCACGAGGAUGAGUGUAAGCUCGUACAGUCCGCUGGUGCUGUCCUGCGAGUCAAAGUAACCGGACCAGAGGGCAACGACGAGAGCAUAGAAACAAGUCGCCCAGUGGAACUACAGCUGCCAGCUCCAACACUAUUGCAGGAGCAAAGUGACGGUGAUGACGAUGAUGAUGAUGAAUUGAGGAUCUUGCAGGACAGCCACGAUAAUGAAUGGAACGACGUGACAGAUAGCUUGGAACCCAAACGGGACCGGGACGGAGGGAGUGUGAAAUGUCAAGUGAAAAAGUUGGAAACUGCUGGGUACAUCACAAUCUUUGCUAAGCAUCUGCAAGGAUUGGCAGCGGCUUUUGGUCGAGUUUUCUUGCACAGGCACAUCUUCAACGUCAACAUGCUGAUAUUCUACAAUGACGAAAACCCUGAUAAUGUCCAGCUUUAUGUUGGAUGCUGUCUCAAUGACAAAACACGUGGUGAGGCGAAAGAUCUCAAAGAAGAUGGAUACAAGAUGUUUCAACGACCUAGUAAAGACAUCUUCAUCCGGGAAGGGGAGAAGUUCUACAUAGAAUUCUCUGGUAACGUGAAACCCCGUGAUGAGGAGGGAAUUGAGGACAGUUUGUGGUUUACCUUCCAUUCGAAGAAAAGGAAUAAUCACACCGAAACCAGUGUUAAAGUUGUGGACACCACCCAGGAACCAAGAACGAACAUACUUUUUAAGUGGCCUAGCCAGGGAGAAGACCAGGCAGGUAGUGGAGACACAAAACUUCACAAGAGGAAGACAGCUCAUGAUGAAUGUUUCCUAAAGAUGGAAGUCUGUUUGCCAAAAGAGAUAUUGGGACCAGGAACUGCGUCUACAAAACGUGAACCAAAGAUGAGCAGUGCUAACCAACGGUUGCUGAUAAACAAUCGUAUUGAGAUUAUGAACAACAUGCAACCACAAGAAGUGAUGGACUAUCUCAUUCAGAAAUGGGUACUUGAUGCAGACGAGGUGGAAGAAAUUCGAAAUACGCAACCUACUAAAACGAAGCAAGUCGCUGCCCUAUUGGAUAAAUUACCGUAUAAAGACGACCAGGCGUUCGAUAUCUUUGUUGAAGUGCUUAAAGAGACAAAGCAUGGGUAUCUCGCCGCUUUGCUUCAGGGGAAAGCAAAGCCGGAUCCACCAACUCUUGUCAAAGUUAAAUCUGAGUCCUCCAAGUCGUUGAAUAUUACUUGGACACCCGGAUCCGAUGGAGGCUGCCAGCAGCAUUUCGAAAUCUCGUACAGUCAGAAGGGUAGCAGCAACUUUAGUAUGCCACAUGAGGUGAAACCUCCAGGCGUCACGAGCUACCAAAUCACCGGUUUACAGGAGAGCACCACGUACACCGUCAGAGUCUGUGGAGUGAACGAUUUAGGGCCAGGGGGAUACAAAGACGCAGAAGGAACAACACAAGCUGGGCCAACAAUGUCGAAGCACAAUCAAGAUAUCUUAAGAAAGAAACGAGAUGAAGUGGUGAAAAAGAUGCAACCCGACAAGGUGAUCGACCAUCUUGUUAAAGAUCAGGUCGUCACUGACGAGCAGGCGACAGAAAUCCGUACCAGCCAGUCAAGUCGUGAUGCCAUCGUGAUGGCCUUGCUGGAUCUUCUGCCAUUCCAAGGGGACCGGGCAUACACGGGGCUACUGUCAGCUCUCCGUGACACGAACCAGCCUUACCUUGCUGCUCUGCUGUGUGGAUCAGAGAAACCCGACCAACCCGCUAAGGUCAUGGUUACGUUUGCUCGGCACGACUCUUUUGACGUCUCCUGGACGCCUGGAUCUGACGGAGGAGCCGAGCAGCAUUUUAAGAUCAUUUGCCACAGAAAGGAGGAAGAUAGCGGCCUUGCCACAUCACCCAUUGAAAUGAAGAAAGGUGCCACCAGUCAUCGCAUUGACAGCUUGCAGCCGCAAACAAUAUACACCGUUAAAGUCCGCGGAGUGAAUGUGAUGGGAGAAGGCCAGUACCAGGAAACAGAAGCAGCAACAAGAGCUGAGCCGACAAUGUCCGAGAAAUGCCAGCAGAUUCUGGAGAAACACAGUGCUGCCUUAGUGGAUAAGAUGCAGCACCAGAAUGUGGUGGACUACCUCAUCCAAAGAAACGCUAUCGAGGCCAUCGAGGGAGAAAAUAUGCAACACAUCGACAAGUCGAGCAAAGCGGUUGUCCGUCGCUUACUUGAAUGUCUACCUUACAAUGGUGACCGAGCUUUUAGCGGCCUGUUAUCUUUCCUGGAAGAGACAAAACAGGAUUACCUGAGUGCUUUGCUUCGUGGUGUUGAGAAACCUGACCCUCCCUCUGGCGUAACUGUCACAUGUUUCUCCCAUGAGUCAUUGGAUGUGAGCUGGACACCUGGGUCUGAUGGAGGUUCUGUUCAGCACUUUGAGAUUGUCUACCAGAAGAAAGGAAAUGGCACUACACCAAACACCAUUGAGCUGAAGGAAGAGGGCAUCACAAACCAUCUGAUAGAAGGACUGGAGCAGAGCACAGUGUAUGUCGUGAAAGUCAGAGGAGUAAAUGUCUUAGGACCAGGAGAGUUUCAGUCUCAAGACACAGAAGCCGCUACACGUGCUGGGCCGACAAUGUCCAAGGGGUAUCAGGAUCUGCUGAAGAAAGCGCGCAGUGAAGCAGCGGAGAAUAUGUUACCAGAAGGUGUCAUAUCCCACCUCAUCAACGCCAGCGUGCUGGAACCAGCAGAGGCGAAGAUGAUCCGCUCUCGCAAGUCAACCAAUGAAAUCACCUGUGCCCUGCUAGACGUCUUACCUUAAUAGGGUGAUGAGGGGUACGGAGCACUGCUGACGGCACUUGAAGAGACCAAU